GCAGGACAUACCCUUCUGUGAUGGCCGAGAAAGACGACACCGCGGCGCCGCAGUCGACGGCGCGCCUCGAGACGCUGCUAUCCCAAUUGGGAGAUGGACAGCCAGCCGCUACUGCGUCAUCCUCGACUUCGUUGAACGAAGCUCGAUGGGAUGGAUGGGGAUACAGCGAUACUAGCAUCUUCUUGAACGACGACGGCCAAGUCGAGUUUGCAGGCACGAGAUAUGAAGAGGUGUUUCCGGCAGCUCGCGUGCUGCCUGCGCUGCGCGCAUGGGCCGAGGCGAAAGUUGGGUUGGACGUGCGUCGACAGGCCCCACGAAAUGCCGUACCGCCGUCCAUCAAGGAAGGCAGUGAAGUGUACAACGCCGCGUUUCUCGAAGCCUUGGUCGCGUUGCGCAUCCCUGUGAACAUAGACCCUGUCACUCGGGUCCGACACUCGCACGGCCAGACGUGCGGAGAAAUCUAUCGUCUGCGCACGAGUGCGUGCUUUGACCGGGUGCCCGAUGCCGUGAUCGUCGCAACAUCGCACGAGCUCGUCGAGCACGUCGUGGCCGCGGCGGUCAAGCACGACGUCGUGGUCAUUCCGUAUGGCGGCGGCACCAAUGUAUCGAACGCGCUGCAGUGCAAGCCCGACGAGCGGCGCAUGGUGGUGUCCCUGGACAUGCGCGGAAUGACGCAGAUCCUGUGGGUGGACAAGGAGAACAUGACUGCGUGCAUCGAAGCCGGGAUCACGGGCCUCGACGUCCACAACCAGCUCCAGACGCGCGGCGUCACCCUCGGCCACGAGCCCGACUCGUGGGAGUUCUCCACCGUCGGUGGCUGGGUAGCGACGCGAGCGUCCGGCAUGAAGAAGAACUUGUACGGCAACAUCGAGGACAUGAUUGUGAACAUCACGAUGGUUACUGCGACCGGGACCAUGACGCGGUCUUGCAAUGUUCCGCGCGUCUCGAUGGGCCCCGACUCGCUCCAUUUGGCACUCGGGUCGGAAGGUCUGUUUGGCGUUGUGACGCGGGUCACGUUUCGGAUCCGGCCGUGUCCUGCGUAUCAAUUGUACGACUCGAUUUUGUUUCCGACGAUGGACGAUGGCAUCCAAGCCAUGCACGACGUGGCGCGGGCGGGGUGCAUGCCGGCGAGCAUUCGCCUCCUCGACAACACGCAGUUUCAACUGGGCCAGGCGUUGAAGCCCACCGCGGCCAACCCGUGGAUGUCGUCGCUCAUGUCGAUCGCGACCAAAGCGUUUGUGACCAAGAUCAAGGGAUUUGACGUCGACACGAUGGUCGGGAUGACGCUGCUGUUUGAAGGAACCAAGGAAGAAGCGGAACGCGACCAGCGCGCCAUUCAUUCGAUUGCCGCCAAGCAUGGCGGGAUGGUCGGCGGCGCCGAGAAUGGCAAGCGCGGCUAUUUUCUUACCUACGUCAUCGGUAUGCACACUGUGUCGAGAGGCUGCUCGUGCUGCAUUGGCCAUCGACUCCCAUCCCUUGACGUAGCGUAUAUACGGGACUUUGUCAUGAGCUACUACUUCCUGUGCGACUCGUUCGAGACUGCCGUGCCAUGGAGCAACGUACCAGCGUUCAUUGCCAGAGUUCGCGCGGAGAUCGAAGCGGUCGCGGUGGCCCACCGCAUUGAGGUCCAGCCCAUCGUGAUGUGCCGCGUGAGCCAGAUCUACGACACCGGCGCGUGCGUGUACGUGUACUACGGGGUCAACUUUUUUGGCGUCGACGACCCGCUCCACCUGUUCUUCUCGAUCGAGCAAGCGUGCGUGGAAGUCAUGCUGCGCCACGGCGCGUCGCUGAGCCACCACCACGGCAUCGGCAAGCACCGCAAGAAAUGGUUGCCCCAAAUCGUGUCGGCACCGGCGCUGCGGGCGAUCGCAGGCAUUAAGAACGCCAUCGACCCGACCAACGUCUUUGCCACCCACAACAUUAUCGACACUUAGACUGUGUGAGCAUGAUUUGAAUGGACACACCCACGAGAAAGCUAGAGCAGUCCAUGGAACAUGGGAAUUGCGCCGUGGAGCGAGUG